AUAUAUAUUUGGACUAAAAAACAAAGAAAAGUUAUGUCAAAAUGUUGACAUCCAGUGCUAACCAAUAUCUUAGACCUGACUAUCUAUCGCCACUGCCAUCCACUUUGGACACAAAUAAAAGUCCAUUGGUUUUGUUGGCUAAGACCUGUUCCAGUAUAGGACAGGACUCACCAAACAAUAAACUGUUGAUAUUGUCGGACACAAAAAAAUCCGAUCACAAUAAUCACGGCUCCGGUGGUAGCAGUGGUAGCGGUAGUAGUGGUUGUAGUGACCGGAAAAAAAGUAACGGCAGUGGCGGUGGCGGCGGCAGCGGGUCGUCCACCWCAUCGUCGGUACACAGUUUAGUCAAUGGCCUGAACACCGAUGACAACAAUAGCAACAAUAGUCUAAGCAAUCAUACCAUUAAUGCAUCGACGAUGACAACGACGGCGCGGACACCGACACCGUCGGGAAUGUCGUCGUCGUCGGCGUCAUUAUCGGCGGCUAAGUUGUCGUUCAAACCAUACGAUAUCUCAUCAAACAAUAGCAACAACAGUAACAACAAGAAGACAACAAAUAAUAAUAAUUAUUUGAUUAAUAGUGACUAUAAUAAUAUCAAUGAUCUAAUGAUCGGCGGCGGCGGCGGCGGUGGAAAACGGACACCCAAUUCAUAUAUGAAAGUGUCUGGGUCACCGAAAAGUGUGGGCAGUAAUCACUCCCGAAGCUCACCGUUGAACAACAAACAACAACAGCGGCACCGUAGCGGUAAAAAUACGCCGUUAAACAACAACAACAAUAACCAUAUGGAUGGUGGCCAUCAUCACAARAACGGUGGCCAUCAUAUGCAACACAAACAACAUGAGUCACAUUCGCCGAAAAGUACGUCGUCGUCAACGAACGGUACGCCAAACGGCGGUACCAAACGUCGGACGCCGACACCGACAUCAAGUGCUCUGAGCUAUACGUCAAUAGGUAUGCCUGACAUGCGUUUAGACGGUAUCGGCAAACAUAAGGAACCGUUGCAAUCGUUACAACAAAUGUAUAAAACAAAUCCSUAUUCAAGCAGUAAUUGCUGUCCGCCGUCGAUAAACGGUUUGCCGCCGCCGUUGACAGUGGACAAGACGGGAGCCUAUCCGUCAAUCUAUCCGCCGCUCAGUGUCUACGGCCGCAUGAAAGUGGCCAACAGUGUCGGCGGAGGCCAGCCAAUGAUGCCCAUGUGUAGCGAUCCGUACUGUACGGGCACCUGUCAGCUGUCGGCCCUGCAAAAUGCUGCCCUAUUGGCUUCGGCUGCCGCCGCAGCGGCCAACACGUGUUCGCCGGCCACGUGUCCGAACGGAUGCAAUCAAUGCGAUCAUCAGCGGCUGAUGUCGUCGCUGGCCUAUCCGAAACUGAAUCCGGCACUACUGCCCAGUCUGAGUCAAAUGUAUCCGAGUCUAUACCAUCCGGGACUGGCCGCUGUUGCAGCCGCUCAACAACAACAACAACAACACCAUCACCACCACCAACAGCAACAGCAACAACAGCAGCAACAACACCAACACCACCACCAAAGCAAUACAAAUGUCUGCAAUUGGAUAGCCGGUGACCAGCACUGCGGCAAACGAUUUCAGACAUCCGAGGAACUACUGAAUCAUUUGCGGACACAUACGUCGGCUUCAACCGGAAGUGUCGACUCGUCGUCGUCGUCGGCCAUCACAACUGUGCCAUCGAUGAUACCUAGUCUUGGACUGUCGUCGUCGGCGUCGUCGCUCAGCUCCAGUCUCGCUCAACAUAUGCACUAUUCGACUGCCGGCGCACUACAGGUACCGACGCCGACAUCGUUGACCUCAGCCGCCGGCGGUGGUCUGCGGCGUACAUAUCCGACUAGUUUGUCGCCACUGAGCAGCCGAUUUCAUCCGUACAAACCGACAGUGAUUCACGGUUUGGGUUCAAUGCCUUCCAUAGCCGCUGGCGUUCCCCAGUUGGGCGGCGGCGUCGGCGGCGGUAAUCCACUGCAACAUUCGUCGGCGUCAGCGGCGGCCGCACUGAGUAUGUAUUACCCGUACGGACUGUAUUCCGGACGAAUCGGUCCACCUGUUCAUCCCUAAGCUCUAGAGAGAGAGAGAGAAAGGGAUAUACAGUAUAUCAGGGAUAUAUAGGGUAUAAUAGAUGGAUAGAUAGAUAGAUAGAUAG